AUGACGGCAUGGACAUUUGAUAAAUUCAUGUAUUUCUUGGAAUACGAAACUAACUUGAAGGUAAGAGGAACAGAUGAACAUAGUUAUGACGUGGCAAAUAUGACUGGAAGAGACUAAAAUAAUUCCCAACAUUUUUUUCAAUUCCUGAAAUUCUAGUCUUCACAAAAUUCAGUUUUUCAACUUUUAAGAUUACAGAAAAAAACAAACAAUUUUCCAGAUACAAAUCGAAUAUAUAUCGGGCCCAAGGAAAAAACUGAAAAUCGAGGAUUCGAGUUCGAAAGAAAUUGAUGAUUCGGUAAUAUUCCCAGAAAUAGAAAUAAAUAGUGAUGAACAAGCCAUUGAACAAUUGAAAGUGUUAUUCGACAUAUGUAAGGAACGAUUGCAAGUUUAUGGGACUGUUGAAGAAUUGUUCGAAUAUUUUAAACGGAUUGAUAGAAUUGAACACGGUAAAGCCAACUUUUUACCGUCACAAAAUCGGUAAGUCUCUUAGAAAACCAAGGCUACAGUAGACUUCGCGAAAUUUUGGAUUCUAUUUGAAAAAUACAAUUCGAAAUUUACACGCUGGCUAUUUUCCAACCAGUUUGAUGUGCAUAUGUGACGUCAUUUUUAGUCUACUGUACGUGAGCGCCAAUUCAAAAAAGUGUUGACUCAAACAACAUUUUCGAAAAAUCAACCCAGGCCCAAAUAGGCGCAGCCUGUGGUGUCUAACAGGGCAUCUUCUAAUUUCAGAUUGUCAAUAUGUUUCAGGGGAUUGUUCAUCUCACAAUCAGUUGAGAUGAAAUAGGUAUAUACAUUUUUGCAGUGUUCCUUUCACAUAUCCAAAAUACACGGAUGUCUCUGGUAAUAUUACUUGUGUUUCGAAUUUGGAUGUUAUCAAAUAUAUACAAUCGGAAUUGGUAGAGAAACUGCACGACUUUUCCAAUUUUUUCGACAGCACUGGAUCAUGCAAAUCCUCUUUCCCUCUUUAUAUCUGGAGCAUCGCUCGUCUACGAAGUCUAUCUACAUAUUAUAAAAUGAUAACUGAUGAUUCGUGGAAAAGUGUAUAUCAAAAAUUGUUCUAUUUGUGCGAUAUUAGGAAUUUUGAAUAUGUCGAAGAGGAUCGAGAUAUAGAAGCUUUAUACAAAUCUAUGAUGGUAUUCAAGAUGAUUGGAAGCAAUGUAAAUGAUCUUGGCCAUGAUCUCUCCAUGCUGAAAAAUCCGAAUAUGAAAAAAAUCUAUGCUGUUCUUACAUAUUUUCAUAAAGCAAUCAAUCCAAUUCUCAACGAACCGAUGCUAUAUGAAACACCUCAAAGGGUUUGAAUUUGCUUCUAAUUUGAUAUGUAUAAAAAAAUCUUUAUUCAGGCUGCAUCCGAUUACAAACCAAUCAUUCGUCGAUUCAAGGGAGCAGGCUGUGAGUUCUAUGGAGCAUUAGACGUUAUGGCUGCAUUUCCAAAAGAAAACAUUAUUCAAAAAAAGGAACAAGGUGGAAAACAUUUGACCAUUGAUCCGUCGACAUUUGAUGCAAUUCUUGCAAAAUAUGAUGCGAGCAAUGUUAUAAUAGUCGAAACUCCGAUUGAAACAAAUACUCGAAACAACAUUUUUUCGAUUCAUAAUCCACUUCUCGACGAACUGUUGUUUCUUGUGAGACCUAAAAAGGUUUAGAUGCGCUUCUAAUUUGAUAUGUACAAAAAAGAUCUUUAUUCAGGCUUCACCUGAUUUCAAACCAAUAAUUCGUCGCUUCAAGGGAGCAGGCUAUGAAUUCUAUCUGGCUACAGAAGUAAGCGAUGCAUUUCCAGAAGGAAACAUUAUUUCAAAAGAGAAACAAGAUGGAAAAUAUUUGACCGUUGAUCAGCUGACAUUUGAUGGAAUUCUUUCAAAACAUGGUGCAAACAGUGUUAUAAUUGUCGAAAUUCCGAUUGAAACAAAUUCUCGAAACAAUAUUUAUCCGAUUUAUAAUUCAAGAGGAACUCAUUGCCGUCCAGUUUGGGAAGAAAUUGAAGAUCAUUUGUAUAAAAAAAUUGUUAUUCAAAAAUAUUGUCAAUCACAUAAUAUAUACGAUCACGUCGAAAGUACAAGUUGUUACAGCCGGAAACCGACGAUGUAUUUAAAGGUAUGAGAUUUUUACGCGGGAGUUUUCCUUCUUUAUAUUAUUGAAUUAAAAACACGUGAGAAAUAAAAAAAGUAGGUCAAGUGAUGUGGGUUUAAAAACAGUAUAGCUAGCCAUGUCGUCAGUUGCGAUGCGUGUGAGCGACACGUUUUUAGAAAUGAAAAUUUGAAAAAUCCAAUGAAAAAUAUCGAGGUCAACACGCAACACAGAACCGCAUCGCAACUGACGACAUGGCUACCUAUACUGUUUCUAAAUCCACGUAACUUGACCUACUUUUUUCAUUUCUCACGUGUUUUUAAUUCAAUAAUAUUCAAAUUUUCAGAGGUGUAGCACACCGGGUUUCAAAUUAGGAAUUUCGGAAAGUCCACUGAUACCAUUCGAAAAAGAACAUACGAAAACCGAAGUGAUGGAAAUCAUCAAAAAAUUAGUGGAAAAUCAUUGCAUCGAAGAGGAAGAAAUCGACGGAAUUAUCGAUAAAGUGUUCGAAGUCAUUCCACAUCUUAAUUAUAAACAACUAAACGACUUAUAUUAUCAGGUUAUUUUGAGAAAUAUUUUAAAGCUGUGUCCAAGUUUUGCAAGAUUGAAAGAGAAUCAAGGGAAAUAUAAAAAGAAUCACGAAGCGAAUCUAGUUUAUAAAGCUGUGGAGGAAUUUUAUGAAUCGAAGUAUAAAAAAUGCGGUGAUUGUGAAACUAGAAGAGCAGCUUUACAGCAUGAGGUUAUUGAGUUGAAAAGGUGAAUUUCAUUUACAAUUAAAUAAAAUCGAAAAUUCAUAUCGAAAUAUUUCAGACGUGAAAGGAAUCAAAUGGAAGAAAACAGAAAAUUGAGAGAAGCUCAAAAAAUAUAUUGA